GCUGCGGAGGUAGAGUUGCCGCGAAGUCACGUGACAGUUCAAGUCUUGGAGUGGAAGAUGGCGGACGAAAAGGAUGUGGUGGAAAAAACCAUCUCGGAAGAUUUGGUCGUUACCAAAUAUAAAAUGGCCGGAGAAAUAGUAAACAGAGUUCUCAAGCAAGUUAUAGAUAAGUGCACGCCGGGAGCUUCGGUUAGAGAUAUAUGCGAUUACGGAGAUCAAUUGCUGACGGAGGAAACCGGCAAGGUGUUUAAGAAAGAGAAGGAACUUAAAAAAGGCAUCGCGUUCCCGACGUGCGUCUCGAUAAACAACUGUAUUUGUCAUUUUUCACCCGUCCCAAGUGAACCCGAUUACACUUUAAAGAGCGGCGACGUAGCUAAAAUAGACUUGGGGGCCCAUAUAGAUGGCUUCAUAGCAGUAGUGGCCCAUACUGUUGUGGUUGGGGCUUCGCCUAGCGAAGUGAUUAAAGGCCGGAAAGCAGAUGUUAUCUUGGCAGCUCACUAUGCGUCUCAAGCAGCUCUCAGACUGCUUAAGCCAGAGAAUGAAACUUACACAAUAACGGACGCAGUGCAAAAAGUGGCAGAGGCUUAUAAGUGUAAGCCAGUGGAGGGCAUGUUAAGCCACCAGCUGAAGCAGUUUAAGAUCGACUGCGAGAAGACCAUCAUUCAGAACCCGAACGAUGCUCAGAAGAAGGAGCACGAGGGGUUUAAACUGGACAAGUACGAGGUGUACGCGAUGGACGUCCUCAUCAGUACGGGUGAGGGGAUUGGCAAGGAGACAGACACCAGGGUGUCAAUUUACAAGAAAACUGAUGAGACUUACCAGCUGAAACUGAAAGCUUCAAGGAUGUUUUACACGGAGGUUAGGGCCAAGUAUGGGAACAUGCCCUUCAACCUCAGAUAUUUCCAGGACGAGACCAAGGCCAAAAUGGGGGUGAAUGAGUGUGUGAAGAAUAAGCUGAUUGAGCCUUUCCAAGUUUUAUAUGAAAAGCCAUCCGAAAUAGUCGCGCAAUACAAAUUCACGGUACUGCUGAUGCCGAACGGGCCGCACCGGAUAACAGGGCUGCAGUUCGACCCGACCCUGUACGAGUCUGAGUGCUCGAUCACGGAUACGGACCUGAAAUCAUUACUGAGCAGUUCGGCCAAUCCGCGGGCCGCGAAAAAGAAGAAGAAGAAAUCCGAGAGCGGCGGCGCGGCGGCGGCGGACUCGCAGCCCAUGGAGGUGGAGGCGGCCGCUUGAUUUGUUUCCCACCCCGUUCGCGAGCUUUUUUUUUCUAACCCCUCCCACCUUCCCUAAACACUGCAAUUACUUUUUAUUAACCCGCGGAAGCGAAAACCGUUCGGAAACAUGGCAAUAUGACGUUUAGGUGUAAUUUUUCUUAACCGGGUCGUCGUAGCCCGGUCUCGAUCACUCUCUAAUCGCAUCAAUCGCAUAUAUUUUAUAUACAAAGUGUCGAGGUAAAAUAUGUCAGUGAAACGCCAUGUGAUUCUUCUAAAUCCAAUUUUAUUGUAAAGUGACAAAUAAAGUGUUUGGUAUUUUCAUCGUUAUCCUUUUGCCCGGAACUUACGGCCC